AUGGGGCCCCGCGCCGUGGCUCUCGUGGCCGGCCUCCUCCUCCUCCUCCUCCUCCUCUCCGCGGGGCGAGGCGUUGGCGCCGCAUACACGAAGGCGACGGCGGAGACGGCGCUGAACUUUGCACGGGCGUCGUACUGCGACGCCGCAGCCAUCGGCGGCUGGAGCUGCGCCCCCUGCGCCGCGAACCCGGGGCUCGCAAAGGUGCGUGUAUUUUCGAAUGCCUCGCAGGGCACACAGGCGUUCAUGGGCGUCAGCGCGAGCCGCAUCAUCGCGAGCUUUCGGGGCUCGCAGAACAUUCCCAACUGGAUAGACAACCUUGACUUCUACCGCACCUCGUACGCAAAGCCCAACUGCACCGACUGCAAGGCUCACGUUGGCUUCUGCAGUGCAUUUGAAUCCUUGCAGGAGGCAAUGUGGGAGUACCUGCAGGGGCUCGUGGGGGCGCACCCGACGCUGCCGUUGCUCAUCACCGGGCACAGUCUCGGUGGUGCCAUGGCCCGCCUCGCAGCCGCAGACUUUGCGUCGCGGCCGUACGCCUCCGGUGCGGCGCCGAGGAUUGAGCUGUACACGUUUGGUGAGCCGCGUGUGGGCAACGCCGCGUUCGCCAACUGGUUUCUCGCACUGUUCUGCGGCGGCGGCCACGAGACGUUCCGCGUCACCCACAAGCGGGAUGUCGUGCCCCACCUUCCCCCCGCUUACUCGGGGUUCGAGCAUGGCCCCCACGAGGUGUGGUACGACAAUGACGGCUCCACGAGCUACGCGAACUGCAGUGACGUGUCCGGGACGGCGUGCCCCGCGGAGACCACGGCCGAGGACGCUGAGUGCAGUAACAGUCUCCUCCCCAUUUCCAUUGCGGACCACCUGAAGUACCUGGGCGGGUGUACGUCGUGUACAUGCGUCGCUGGCGAAACCAUGAGCGACGACCUACUGCGCAUCUCGCCGGAGCUUGAAUGGGCCAUUGCCGUGGACUACGUCUACCAGCAAGAGAGACUCAUGAAGCGUCUUUCGUCACUUUCCCCCUCUUUUUCUUGA